UUUUGCCGCUAUAGCGGUGUGUUUGACGCUCUCGGUGUCGCUCGGUUCAGUUCGGUUCUGCUCGUGUCGGAGGCGCUGCGUCUCCUGGUUCUUCGCCGCUGCGGAGGAAUACGAUGCGGAGCAGCAGCGACCCGGACCGAACCAGAACCAGAACCAGAUCCGGACCUGCAGAAGCCUCCGGGCCGCAGACGGCAUGACGGCAGCGGCGGCGGAGCAGCGAGACACGGACCGGAGCUGCAGCCGCUAGGGACGCAGCUGACCGGCUGCUGACGGCGCGAUGACCGCGGACGGAACCGGAACCAUCCGCAGCCGCAUCAAGAACCUGCUGAGGUCUCCGUCCAUCAAACUGAGGAGGAGCGGGACGGCACGGAACCAGCGGGACCUGAGCGGAAAGGUGACGUUGGAGAAGGUUCUGGGGAUCACGGCUCCGGGGAACCGAGCUCUGGCCUGCGACCCUCGAACCGGACUGUUGGCUUAUCCUGCAGGGUGUGUCGUCGUCCUGCUGAAUCCUCGUAAGAACAAACAGCAUCACAUCUUCAACAGCUCCAGGAAAGCAAUCACCACUUUGGCCUUUUCUCCAGAUGGCAAAUAUGUUGUUACCGGAGAGAGCGGUCACAUGCCGGCGGUUCGAGUCUGGGAUGUUUCUGAACACGUUCAGGUGGAGCUGCAGGAACAUAAAUAUGGAAUUGCCUGUGUGGCUUUUUCACCGAACGGGAAAUAUAUCGUCAGCGUCGGAUAUCAGCAUGAUAUGAUCGUCAACGUGUGGAACUGGAAGAAAAAUGUUGUGGUCGCAGCCAAUAAGGUUUCCAGUAAAGUGACAGCCGUCUCCUUCUCAGAUGACAGCUCCUACUUCGUCACCGCCGGCAACCGACACGUGAAGUUCUGGUACCUGGAUCACGCCAAGACCUCCAAGGUGAACGCCACCGUCCCGCUGCUGGGGCGUUCAGGGCUGCUGGGAGAACUCAGGAACAACUUCUUCAGCGACGUGGCGUGUGGGCGUGGCCGGCAGGCGGCCUCCACCUUCUGCAUCACUUCCUCUGGGCUGCUCUGCGAGUUCAACGACCGGCGGCUGCUCGACAAGUGGGUGGAGCUUCGGAGAAUCGACUCUGCCGCCCUUCAGAACGUAGAAACCUUCUAUCAGAGCACAUGGACGGCUCAGGCCACCUGUCUAUCCGUCACCGACGAGUUAAUCUUCUGUGGUUGUUCUGAUGGAACCGUUCGAGCCUUCAGCCCCGUCAAUCUCCACUUCCUGUGCACUUUGCCGCGCCCACACUCCCUGGGCGCCGACAUCGCCAGUAUGGUGGAACGCCAGCAUGACUUUAUUUUCAGCCAGAGUCUCGUUACCGCGGAUACGGUGGCGGUGACCUACGAUCCACCCAACCGCUGGCUGUCGUGCGUCUACAACGACCACAGCGUUUAUGUUUGGGAUGUCCGUGACCUCCGCGACCCCCGGCGGGGCUGGAAAGCUACUCGGCCCCUGUACCACUCCUCCUGUGUGUGGAGUCUGGAGGUAUAUCCAGACGGGGGAGGACCAGGUAGAGGUGGACGUGAGGUGCGUCCACCUGGAUCCUUCCUGAGCUGCUCCUCAGACAACACCAUCCGCCUGUGGAGCAUCGACGGACACAACGUUCUCCAGAGGAACAUCCUGAGCCACGACCUCCAGAAGGUGAUCUACGUGGACGACAGCGUCACCAGCCUCAUGGACACGGAGAGCAUCACCGUCACUGGGGGCAACAGCGAGAAGGCGGGGCCAACGGGAUCAGAGGGGCAGCAGACGGACCAGAGCAGGGCGGGCAUUAGGACCCUGAGAGUCAGUCCCAACGGACGACACCUGGCCUCUGGAGACCGGAUGGGAGUCCUCAGGAUCCAUGACCUGGACUCUAUGGAGGAGAUUCUGAACGUUCAGGCUCACGACUCGGAGAUUCUUUGCCUUGAAUUCUCCAAACCCGAUACAGGUCUCCAGUUAUUGGCCACAGCCAGUCGUGACCGUCUGAUCCACGUCCUGGACGCCAGUAAAGAGUACAGUCUGGUCCAGACUCUGGAUGAACACUCGUCCUCCAUCACCGCCGUCAGAUUCGCCGCCAAUGAGGGUAAAGUGAGGAUGAUCAGCUGCGGCGCCGAUAAGAGCGUUUACUUCCGCACAGCUCAGCAGGUGAGAAUGACACCUGAAUGGGGGGAGGGGCUGGAGUUCACUCGAACGCAUCACGUGGUCAGGAAGACGACUCUGUACGACAUGGAUGUAGAGCCGACCAGGAAGUACGCAGCAGUGGGCUGUCAGGACCGCAGCAUCAGGAUCUUCAACAUCAGUAACGGUAAACAGAAGAAGCUCUAUAAAGGCUCUCAGGGUGAAGAUGGAACGCUCAUUAAGGUACAGAUCGACCCAUCAGGACUCUACAUCGCCACCUCCUGCUCAGACAAGAACAUCAGUAUCUUUGACUUCUACUCUGGAGAGUGUGUGGCCACCAUGUUCGGACACUCGGAGAUUGUAACGGGGCUGAAGUUCAGCAGCGACUGCAGACACCUGAUCACCGUGUCAGGAGACAGCUGCAUCUUUGUGUGGCGGUUGAGUCCAGAGUUGACCAUCAGGAUGAGGCAGCGACUCGCCGACCUGCCACCCGCCAGCUCCGCCCCCAACUCCCAGAAUGCACCUCAGCAGAAAGCCGUGAAGCUCAGCGGCAGAGAAACGUCAGCUCCUCGAGUCGUCACGAUGUCAUCUGACAGCGACAAGGAGGAAGAGGAGGAGGAAGACGAGGAAGGGGAGGAGCUCGGCAGUCCUUAUAUGGUCACAACAGGACGUCUGGAGGAGGAGACAGGUCUGUUACCAUGGUUACACAGUGUCUUAAAGAUACGGUCACAUUUCUGGUCAGUGUUUAACUUCUUAGUUGUGGAGUUGAUGUUAAUGGUUCUGUCCGUUCAGGCGGAUGACGAGACAAGGACCAAUCAGAGGCCGGACUUCAUUCUGCUGUCCAAUCAGAGCCCAGACAGGGAGGACCCGGUGCUGUAUCCUGACCAAUGGGAGGACAGAGUAAGCCUGGCAGGCAGUGAGUUCCAGGUGAAGGAGGCAUGUCCUGCUGCUGCAGGUGGAACGACAGGACAAACCAGUCCAGACAGCGGCUGUUUCGCUGGGAUUCAACUCCAGACUGUCAGUCCAGACAGACCUGCAGGUGACGAUUCGGAGCCCACAGAACCGCUCAGUAUGGAUGGAAACUCCUCUGAGCUGGACAUGGAGGAGAGGACGUGAAGGGAGGAGGACAAGGAGGUGGAGAGGAACAGAAAAUCUCAGCUCGUCGUCAGACUUCCAGACCAGGAGGCGUUUCUGAAGGAGCACUUUGUCACACUGGCUGACCGCUCAGUGUCAGGAAGUCCAAGCAGAGCUUCUCAUAGUUCCAGUGAGAGUCUCAGCAUUCUCCUCCAGAUUCCUCUCCCAAGAACUCAUCCACAAGCCGAACUGUGCUUCCUCUUCCAUCUCGGAACACUGGGGGAGGCGAAGGGGAGGCAAAGGCCCGUCCUCUGGUGUCCGAGGUCCGACCUCUGUGACUCUCGGUCCAUCCCAAAAGAGGUCCCCCUCAGCUGCUCCUCCCUCUCAGCGUCCCACCCCCCCCCUCUUCCCCAGACGCCCCCAUCCACAGGCUGCCCCCCAGAAAACCACCCCGCCUCCCGCGGUCCCCCAGCGGAAACAGCCACUACAACCUGGCUGGCCAAUGACAACCGAGGAAGUCUUCUUCUUCUCUGUGAUGCAACAUCGUCGCGCUCCUACAUGAGCCCCACGGCCAGCUCCAUGGCAAAGAUGUCCCGCUCUGUCUCCGUGGGCGAUGGCCUCAACGUGGAACCCAGUGAUGAGCCUGCAGAUUCACUGUCGUCCGGUGUAACCUCCUCCUCCUCCUCCUCUCAGGUCAAGACACUCCUGUCGCUGCUGUGGUGCCAUCCACACACGGCUCUGACCACGCCCCCUCAUGCUGCUGUAGUCCCCUGUUGUUGUCUCUUCAUGCCCUCCUCAUCUUCAUCUCUGGGUAACCAUAGUAACCAGACGGUCCCUCCCCCCAGAGGUUCUCCAGUCCCGUGUCCCGGCAACAGCAGGCCACUGCCAGACAAACCCUCACUCGCCUCCUUCUCGCCUUCCUCCAAGCCGGCUGCGUCCUCGUCUUCCUCCUCAUCGUCACGGCCUCCUCCGGUCUCAUCUCCCCCCCCAAUCAGCAUCGACACCUGCAGGGCUCUGGCCAAUGAGCUGCAGAGCUGCUUUAAGAGAGCGACACACCUGUAA